AUGUGGCCGCGGGGGCUGGCUGCUCCCGGUCCAGUGUCUGCUGGCACCGAGUGGUCCCAGGGGGCUGCUGCGCGCCCAGGAACACCCUUCUUGACGCAGAGCCUUGUUCUCUACUUCCUCCUGGACAAAUCGAAACUUGGAGUUUAUAUUUUGCUAGAACACCCCCGGUCAUUUGGGUCCCCGUUGAUCUCCAUACGGAAUGACAAAAUUCAGAUCCUCUCUUUAAUCUUAACGCUUCAUCCCCGCAGUGAGAAAGGCUUUGAAAUUUCCGCCCUUACUGCUGUCAUCAUUUUCAUGGUGGCAGCUAUUUCUGCCACAACCGCAAGGGUCAUCUCACAAAAUCAAGUGGCGACAACAGUCAACCAGCUAACAAAAAACACCACCCAAGCCUUCAAAAAGACCGCCCUGCUAGUUCAAGAUGUCCGCACAGCCGCCGCCUGGGUCUCGGGUCGCCGCCCCUCAAGGCGUCUCCGCGUUUGCCGCCUCCCGCUGGGGCCGCCUCCCCGCCGGAGCCUGGCCCUUAGCUUUCCCCGUUUGCCUCAUUUGUGUUUUUCUGCCUUCGCCGUCAGUCGUCGUCUCCCCCUUCUCUCCCUGUCUGUAGGUGACCCCGGUGUGUUAGUCCGAUUUAUUUUGCAUAUUCCCAGCGAGGAAAGAGACAAUGCAAUCCGAGUUUGUUUUCAGAUUGAGCUUGCCCAUUGGUUUUACUUGGAUUUCUACAUGCAGAACACACCAGGAUUACCUCAGUGUGGGAUAAGAGACUUUGCUAAAGCUGUCUUCAGUCAUUGUCCAUUUUUGCUGCCUCAAGGUGAAGAUGUGGAAAAAGUUUUGGAUGAAUGGAAGGAAUAUAAAAUGGGAGUACCAACAUAUGGUGCAAUUAUUCUUGAUGAAACACUUGAAAAUGUACUACUGGUUCAGGGGUACCUAGCAAAAUCAGGCUGGGGAUUUCCCAAAGGAAAAGUUAAUAAAGAAGAAGCUCCUCAUGACUGUGCUGCUAGAGAGGUCUUUGAAGAAACUGGUUUUGAUAUCAAAGACUAUAUUUGUAAGGAUGAUUACAUUGAACUGAGAAUCAAUGACCAACUUGCUCGUUUGUACAUCAUUCCAGGAAUUCCAAAAGACACAAAAUUUAACCCCAAAACCAGAAGAGAAAUUCGGAACAUUGAGUGGUUCUCCAUUGAGAAAUUACCCUGUCACAGAAAUGACAUGACCCCCAAAUCCAAACUUGGUUUGGCACCAAAUAAAUUUUUUAUGGCCAUUCCCUUUAUCAGGCCAUUAAGGGACUGGCUUUCUCGAAGAUUUGGGGAUUCUUCAGACAGUGACAAUGGAUUUUCCUCAGCUGGCAGCACACCAGCCAAACCCACUGUGGAAAAAUUGAGUCGAACCAAAUUCCGCCACAGCCAGCAGUUAUUUCCUGAAGGUUCCCCAGGAGACCAGUGGGUAAAGCACAGGCAGCCAAUGCAGCAAAAGCCAUAUAAUAACCAUUCUGAAAUGUCUGACUUAUUAAAAGCAAAGAAUAUGAGGGGAAAUGGCAGAAAACAGUAUCAAGACUCACCUAAUCAAAAGAAAAGAGCUAACGGGACCCACAGUCAGCCAGCGAAGCAGCAGAAUUCAUUGAUGAAAUGUGAAAAGAAACUGCAUCCACGAAAACUUCAGGAUAACUUUGAAGCAGAUGCUGUGUAUGACUUCACUUGCUCCAUUGAAGACCAGUUGCUAGAACAUCCUGAGGAACAAUCUGUUGCAUGUAAUGGACAUUGCAAGUUCCCCUUUUCAUCUAGAGCCUUUUUGAGUUUCAAGUUUGACCACAAUGCUAUAAUGAAAAUCUUGGACCUUUGAAGGCAGCAGAUGUAUUAUAGAAGUCUCAAGAUCAGAGGCCUGUUGCAUUUGAGCGGGUGUCUCCUCAAGCCUUACCUUUCUCAGGUGUUUUAAAGAAAUGCAGGGAGGCAAUGUUUCUGAAGAAUUUUUUUUUUUUUUCCCAGAAGAGAAAGAAUGAGUUUGCACUGUAAAUGCGGUUAUAACCUUUUAUCCAGUUUUACCUUUUCAGUGUUUGGAACAAGUUUUAAGUUGAUUUUUUUUUAGGGCAUUAUUUUGUGUGACUGUGGGUCUUAUUUUGUAUUCUGAUCAAGAAAAUAGUAUUUGAGUCAUCAAUAAGUAGCCAAGUUAAUGGGAAGGUUCAUCUACUUACUACAGUGAUUACAGUAAUAGUUUACUUAUAUGAAAUUUCAGAAGGAAACUUAAAAUAUCCAAUUAGUAAAUGAAUAUAAGAGUGAAAAUGCCACAUAUCAGGAUUGCAGCUCAUCUCUUUGGGUGGCAUUUUGCUUAUUUCUCUGCUUCUAAUCAUUGAGGCUCUCUGGUAAUGUGGCUUGGAAUUUUGUGGAAAGGAUUUAUUUAGAGCCAGCAUCUGUGAUAUAAUAUUCAUGUGCAAAAUGAACUCUUCUUAGUCCUUCGUAAACACACAGUCUGCAGCCUGAGAGGGAUCAUGGUGAUGUGGAGUUGAUGCUGUAAUUUUUAAUCGUGCUGCACACAGUCAGUAAGCCUUUGUGUGCUGAAGCAGAGAGCAUGGAGCCAAGACUCAGCAGCCCCUCCGGGUCAUAUCGUCGCCAUCUCGCCACCAACCCUUUGGUAUUGUUCAAUGAUUUUGUUCUUGUGAAAAUUUCUUCCGUAUGUCAGUUGUGUAAAUAUGUAUGGAGAACUGACAAUAUUAGUUUUAUAUGGCAUAUCAGUGCUGAUAUAUAGAAAAUGAUGUUAUAUUGGUUCCAGUUUGCAGUAGUGAUAAGAGUGUGGCAUGCUUUACUGGCAUCUGAGGCCCCGGAUGAGGGAGUCACAAGGGAUGGGGUGUGCAGUUUACCCAAGGACAGAUAAAGCACUUCACUAGGGAGAAUCAGAACAUGGAA